UCUGUAGCUGUCACUUCUUAGCAGUCUGAGAGUGAGUUAAAAAGUGACAGUUACAGAAAAAAUCAAAAAACAACAACGAUGGAAGCCAUUGCAGGAGAGCCCCUGCCCCACUCCAUCACAUACCCACACACUAUCAAGAGCGCGAAAGACAAGAAAACCUAUAAAUACAGCCUGCUGAAGAACAACCCAGAGACCCUCAUGGCAGACGUUUCACAAAAAGGGGACAGAGCCAUCGUCACUAAUCUGCUCCUCUACACAGCAGACUGCAAUCUUUGGCACACAGUCAUCUGUAAACACUACAAAAGUUAUAGAAAACUAGGCAUCUGUAACGGCAGACAAAUCCAAAUUUAUGAAGAAAAUGACACUAACAAGGCAUUUCUAACAGUAAAUAUCUACCAUAAUGGAACGAUAAUGUUCCAGGGGACUGAAGCAUGUCUCGGCUCUGUCCAAGCAAACUUCACCAUCCUAAAAGCUCUGGCAGAGGCUGAGAAACAAGCACAAGGAGCAAACAGUGAUGCUGCAGGAGGCUGUGACGCCCAGAGCUCAGGGGAGAGGCUAGAGGAGAUGGAGCUUAACCCCGCUGAACACGACCCACAGCUGGAACAGUCCGUCAAUCAGAUCAGAAACAGCCUCUCCCUACAAGAGGUGGAGCUGGUGGAGCUCAGGGAACUAACACUCUCCCAUGCAAUAUCCAGCGAACGCCUACAACACCUGGACAAUAAAAUCAGUCACCUCACACGAGACUUUGAAACUAGUGUUGAGGAGUUAAAAAGAGAGAUAUGCAAACUGCAGCAAGAUAGAGAGACCAUGAAUAAAGAACUGGAAACAGUCAGGCAGGAGCUGCUGCUUAGAGAUGGAGAAAUACAAAGCCUGAGAGAACAGACAGAGAGCCUCAGCUGUAUCUGUCAGCAGCGGCCCAGCUCUCCCACCACCCAGACAGCAGCAGCACCCGAGUCCAGCACUCCAGCAGCAGUGCCACGGACACCACAGACAGAGGCCCCCGAGGGCCCCCAAGAGCAAGGAAGUGACCCACAGAAAGCAGAAGUCAUCCUCUUAAUCGAUUCAAAUGGCAAAUUUAUCAAUGAAAAACAGCUCUUUCCUGGUCACAAAACAUUAAAACUCUGGUGCCCAAAAACGGAUAUUGCCCUACAACAACUGAACAGGGAGAUUCUGGGUGAACCCAGCCACAUCAUCAUCCAUGUGGGCACGAAUGACCUGCGGACACAACAACAGCGAGUGGCAGAUUCAGUGACACGGGUGGCUAUAAAAGCAACACGAACCUUCCCGACUUCAAAAGUAGUCAUCUCCACCAUCCUGCCCAGAUCAGACUUCCAUCCUCGCACCAUACAAAGAGUAAAUGCAGACAUCACACGUAGAUGUGCAGGAAUGCCAAAUGUUCACCUGGCACAUCAUCCUACACUGGACCUCAGCCACCUCUACGACGACGUCCACCUCUAUAAAGACAGUGUUCGUGUGUUUGCCAAAACUCUUAAAGACGUGGCCCUGGGCCGAACCCCUGGCAGCCCCCCAAAGAGCGCCAGAGCAACCACUACCCUUCAGCCAGUGAGACGCUUUCCCCCAACAGCACCACAGAACAUCACCUCUCCAGGCUCGGCUGAGCAGUACUCUACAAACCCUACCCACAGGCCUGCACCCUAUGGCCAAACCACUAUGCCCCCACCCCACCGCCCUGGACCUGUACCUCAACCUGGGCCUGUACCUCGUCCUCAACAUGGACCUGGAUCUGUACUUCGACCUCAUCAUCCACAGCCUGCUCUCUACUACCAUCAGCCUACACCACAGCAGCGGAGACCCCAGCAACAGCACCUUGCACCACAGGGCCCUCUCUCCUGGGACCAACAUCAGCACAACCACAAAAGACCCAGAGCAGCUCCAGCGAGGAACAACAGCAUCUCAGCAGAGCAGCAGCCUGGUCCACACCCACACCGGCCCGAGCAGCAGGAGCAGAGGAGUUAUGCCGCAGCCCUAAAAGGGCCUAACCACACCAACCUGUUCACAUCCAAAUAA